UGCCAAGCCUGAGACUGACUCCGACACAGCACUCCCCCCGCAGCAACUGCUUAAUCUGCUGACGCCGGCACAAAACAUGACACCAGAAUGGUUGCGAGGAGGACUCAGAAUUUGCUUUCCGCCAACUUUGAAGCUGGAAGCGGGCCUUUGAGAGCGACGAAAGCUUUCCAGUGACUGCAGCCGACCCCCUCGAUCUUCACAAUGGGUUUGGCUCAGUUGCAGGGGAUAGUGGCGCUCCUUCUUGCUGCCAGCUGUUUGCUUGCGCCAGCCAAAGCAGCAGUGAACGGACCUUGUAAUGUCAGCACAACGAGCGGGUCCUUAUAUCCUGGGGUCUGCAUUGCAACAACAGAUUGCACGGCAAGCGGGGGCACUUUCGCUUCUACCUUCUGCCCCCAUGACCCUGAGAACAUCAAGUGCUGCUACAAAACAACCUGCCAAGGGGGGGGACAAUGCAAAUGGACCACGCAAUGCACUACCGGAGCACCCACCCAAGGGAGCUGCCCUGGCCCGGUUAACUUUCAAUGCUGCCCCGGAACUGGCACUCCCAGUGCUAUUCCACCAGCCUCAGGCACUCCGGUCCGCAAAGGCAAGAUUACUGUCUACUGGGGCCAGAGCGGCAACGAGCCCUCCCUGGCUGCCACGUGUCAGAGCGGCAACUACGACAACGUCAUCAUCUCCUUUCUCAACGUCUUCGGGUCUGGCCGCACCCCAGCGCUGAACCUUGCAGGCCACUGCGACCCCCGCAUCAACGGCUGUCUGAAACAGGCCUCUCAAAUAACCACGUGCCAGCAGUUGGGCGUUCGGGUGCUUCUAUCCAUUGGCGGCGGCCUGGGCGACUAUUCACUCGCGUCGAACGAGGAUGGGCAGAGCGUCGCACGCUACCUUUGGAACACGUACCUAGGGGGCAGCAGUAGCGCGCGACCACUGGGGGCUGCCAAGCUGGAUGGGAUCGACCUCGACAUUGAGAGUAGAUCGGGGGGGAAUUCGCAGACGGGUUACGCCGCGCUUGUGAGGCAGCUGCGCACCCUCAUGAACGGCGACUCCUCCAAGCGCUAUUACAUCACAGGCGCCCCCCAAUGUAUUAAGCCCGACUAUUUCCUUGGCCCUAAGGAAGGGACCGCCCUGGGUGAAGCUGCCGGGUCUUUUGAUUGGCUGAACGUGCAGUUCUACAGCAACAAUUGCGGCUACGGCUAUAGCGGGGGCGGUACGGCCGCUGUCCUCAGGUCCUGGAACGACUGGUCCAGCUGGAUGGCAAGCGCAAACCCUGCGAUGCGCCUCUAUCUGGGCAUUCGCGCAAGUUCCGGAUCGAAGGAUUACAUGGAUCCGGCAACGCUGGCAGGCCUCCUGCCACUGCUGCAGAAGUCGAGCAACUACGGGGGAGUCAUGCUGUGGGACGUGCUUAGUGACAACAGGAAUGUCAUCAACGGGAAGCCAUUCAGCGCCAACAUUCGUGGUUUGGUUUAGGAUCGCAGCGAAUGUUGGCGCAAACCGGCUUUGACAGUGUAGGAGGGUCGGAGCUGAGGAUAUGGGACUUGCCUGAUUCUAGGGAAGUCGAAUUGCUAUCAUGUAAGCGAGUAGAGGGGCCCACAAUGUGCAAACAUUGCGAAACAUGUGUUAAAUCAGAUUGGGAAGGGAUAGCUUGCAUCAGGAGCAGAUCUGAAGUUUGUCCAAGUCUCGUAGCAAUGACUGUGCCACUCAUUCUUCCACAUGUAGUACCUUAUAUGUGUGAUGCGAAAUUGCGAGAGACUAAUUUGAACAUCCCUGAUAUAAAGCAUUGACUCAAAUGGCAAUCGUGUUUGAGCUGGAAAUCCGCUCAAGUUUCAAGAGUGA